CAUAAGCUUAUUAUUCCAAACUACCAUAACUACGACAUUUUCAAUGAGUAACUGAUAAGUGCUAAGCCGACGUAUUCAAAACUUUCAGGAAAAGUUUGUUAUGUCAUCUUUAAGAACUUAAUAUUAAUACAUGGAUUCAGAAGAGUUAUUGAAUCAGCUAAAUGUUAAAAAUAGAACAAAUACAUUAGAUUUAGCUGUAGAAAAUAAAAUUGACCAUCAAAAAGUGAUAGGAAUUGUUAAUAGCAUUUUGGCAUUGAAUAGUAAUAUUAUUACAGCUGUGCCAGUUACAAAUAAAUGUUGGGAACUUACUUCUGAAGGAGAAUCAAUUUUAUUGAAUGGCAGUUAUGAAGCAAAUGUAUUUAAAUAUAUUCCGCCUGAUGGUAUACCUCAAAAAGAUCUUAUGUCUCUACCACAUGCUAAAAUAGGGUUUAGUCAAGCAAUGUCUAAAGGAUGGAUAAGUAUAGAUCGCUCAAUUAAUAAAGUUGUUAGAAAAACAAGUUCUAUUAUUGAUCAAGUUAAAGAUGAUUUGGCUAAACUUAAAAUUAGUAGUGAUGAAAUAGCCGAUUCAGCUAAACAGGAUUAUAAAAAAAGAAAACUUAUACGUGAAGUUAUUAUAAAAAGUUUUGAUUUAAAAAAGGGUCCAGAAUUUACUACUACUAUCACAAAAUUAGAAACUGAACUUACACCUGAUAUGAUACAAUCGGGUUCUUGGAAAACCACUCAAUUUAAAUCUUACAAUUUUGAAGCUCUUGGCCAAACUCUAGAUUUUGGUUGUUUACAUCCACUACUAAAAGUACGCGCUGAUAUUCGCCAAAUAUUUCUUGAAAUGGGUUUUACUGAAAUGCCUACCAAUAAUUUUGUUGAAAGUUCUUUUUGGAAUUUUGAUUCAUUAUUUCAACCUCAACAACAUCCAGCAAGAGAUUCACAUGAUACAUUUUUCCUUGAUGAACCUAAAUCUAGUGAAAAUUUUCCUAAUUGUUAUUUGAAUAAAGUAAAGGAUGUACAUUCUAAAGGUGGUUAUGGUUCUCAAGGAUAUGGAUACAAUUGGUCUAUAGAAGAAGCAAAAAAAAAUGUAUUAAGAACCCAUACUACUGCUGUAAGUGCUCGAAUGUUAUACAGUUUGGCAAACAAUUUCAAGCCAUCUAAAUACUUUAGCAUUGAUAGAGUUUUUAGAAAUGAAACAUUGGAUGCAACUCAUCUAGCAGAGUUUCAUCAAGUUGAAGGUGUAAUUGCAGAUUACAAUUUAACGUUAGGGGAUCUUAUUGGCAUUUUAUACAUGUUUUUCGAACGAUUAGGUAUGACAGAACUUAAGUUUAAACCUGCAUACAACCCAUACACAGAACCAAGUAUGGAAAUAUUUUGUUACCAUAAAGGAUUAGGAAAAUGGAUUGAAAUUGGGAAUUCUGGUAUGUUUCGACCAGAGAUGCUUUUACCCAUGGGUUUACCUGAAAAAGUCAAUGUAAUUGCAUGGGGACUGUCAUUAGAAAGACCUACUAUGAUUAAAUAUGGUAUUAAUAAUAUAAGAGACUUGGUUGGACCUAAAGUAAAUUUGCAGAUGGUUCAAAUUAAUCCAAUUUGUAGAUUAGAUAAAUAAUUUAUAUUUAUAAAUUUAAAUAAUACAAUAAAUACUCUCUUAUAACUAUUGAA